AAAGAGAGACAUAUUUAUACUUCCGCUAAUGGAAGGGCUUUAGUGGGGGUGCCAUCUUGUUAGCUUCCUAGCAAAAUAAAGAAAGUUCAGCCAAUUUGGUGGACAUUUCCAUUUCCCUGCCACAAUGUGGUAUGAAAUCCUGCCCGGCUUCGCCAUCAUGACAGUUUGUCUGAUCAUCCCCGGUGUCGCCACAUCACAGCUCCAUAAGUUCUGCAACGGCGGGAAGGAAAAAAGAAUCGCCCGAUAUCCGUGGCAGUAUUACUUGCUGGACAGAGACCGGCGGGUGUCGGGAACCGGACAGUACUUUAAUUCCAAGGGUCUUGAGAACAUCAAUUGAUUACAAGAACCACCACCUUUGGACUAAAGUCACUUGUACAUUUAAUACUUGACAGCUGUUUGCCAGUUCAGAAUAUCAAAUAAAAUGUUUCCAAA